GCGCGCCGUUGGGGCGCGGGGCUGGCGAGGGCGGGCCGCUGGCCUCUCGGCCGGACCCCGGACCUCGCGUCCCGGCCCCUCGGCGGCCGCCGGGCCAGAAAAUACACAAGUUUCUCCAAAGCAUUCUGAUUGACGACUUGGAUUUCAAAGCUUCCACACAAUCGUGUUGCCUAGAAUUGACUGCUGUUUGAGUACCCUUUCAGUUCCCUGCUUCAGACAGAAAACACGGCCAUCUUCAUGUGUAAGUGCUGUAACCUGUUCUCUCCCAGUCAGUCGGAACUGCUGUCCCACGUUUCUGAGAAGCACGGGGACGAAGGGGUGAACGUUGAAGACAUCGUCGUUCCCCUGAGGCCUCUGAGUUCUCCGGAACCCAACCCAAGCCAAACCGGAGAUGAGUUUCUGGUCAUGAAGAGGAAGAGGGGCAGGCCUAAGGGUUCCACAAAGAAGCCCAGCGCCGAAGAGGAGCUGGCGGAGAACGUCGUGAGCCCGAGUGAGGAUGGGGCAGGGGCCGCCGAGGAAGGCAGCCCGGCCCCCAGCAGCCUGGAGUGCAGCAAGUGCAGUCGCAAGUUCUCCAACGCGCGCCAGCUGCGGAAGCACAUCUGCAUCAUCGUGCUGAACUUGGGCGAGGAGGAGGGGGAGGCAGGUAAUGAGUCAGAUCUUGAGCUGGAAAAGAAGUACAAGGAAGAUGAUCGCGACAAGGCCCCGAAAAGACCCCGGGCACAGAAAGCAGAGAAGGUGCAGAAGAUCUCAGCAAAGGAGGCUGGGCAGCCUUCCGGAGCAAAGAAGCCCAUCAUCAGUGUGGUCCUGACUGCGCACGAAGCUAUUCCAGGUGCUACCAAGAUUGUUCCAGUGGAAGCAGGUCCCCCCGAAACAGGAGCUGCGAAUCCUGAGACCACGCCAGCAGACCUGGUGCCUCGGAGAGGGUACCAGGAAUACGCCAUUCAGCAGACGCCGUACGAGCAGCCGAUGAAGUCGAGCAGGCUAGGUCCCACCCAGCUCAAAAUCUUCACCUGUGAGUACUGCAACAAGGUCUUCAAGUUCAAGCACUCCCUGCAGGCCCACCUGCGCAUCCACACCAACGAGAAGCCGUACAAGUGCCCCCAGUGCAGCUACGCCAGCGCCAUCAAGGCCAACCUCAACGUGCACCUGCGCAAGCACACCGGUGAGAAGUUUGCCUGCGACUACUGCUCCUUCACCUGCCUGAGCAAGGGCCACCUCAAGGUGCACAUCGAGCGGGUGCACAAGAAGAUCAAGCAGCACUGCCGCUUCUGCAAGAAGAAGUACUCCGACGUCAAAAACCUCAUCAAGCACAUCCGGGACACGCACGACCCGCAGGACAAGAAGGUCAAGGAGGCCCUGGACGAGCUCCGCCUGAUGACCAGGGAGGGCAAGCGGCAGCUGCUCUACGACUGCCACAUCUGUGAGCGCAAGUUCAAGAACGAGCUGGACCGCGACCGGCACAUGCUGGUGCACGGGGACAAGUGGCCCUUCGCCUGCGAGCUCUGCGGCCACGGGGCCACCAAGUACCAGGCGCUGGAGCUGCACGUCAGGAAGCACCCCUUCGUCUACGUCUGCGCCAUCUGCCUCAAGAAGUUUGUCAGCUCCAUCAGGCUGCGCUCCCACAUCAGAGAGACGCACGGCGCUGCCCAGGAGGCCCUGGUCUUCACCAGCUCCAUCAACCAGAGCUUCUGCCUCCUGGAGCCCGGUGGGGACAUCCAGCAGGAGGCUCUGGGGGACCAGCUGCAGCUGGCCGAGGAGGAGCUUGUGUUCCCAGGGGUGAGUGAUCUCAAGGAGGAGGCCUGCUCCCAGGAGGCCCAGCCUGGAGGGGUGCAGACGGAGCUGGAGGCCCCCCUGCAAACCCCUGCUGCCACCGUGCAGCUGGCCACCCCUGUGGCCGACGGCACGGCCCUGCCACCCUGUGAACUGGAGACCACUGUGGUCUCGUCGGACCUGCACGCGCUGGCCGUGGUCUCCGAUGACUUUCUGUUGAAAAACGAUACCUCUUCUGCGGAGACUCACACUGCCCCCGAGAAGGCCUCCGACUCCCAGCACGGAGGCUCAUCCCAGACUCAGGACAAGGAGAUGGCACUGCUGCUGACCCAGACCAAAAGUGCCGGGCCGGACCAGGAGACCCCGGGCGCAGAGAGCCCACCAGGUGAAGGGCAGGGAACGGCUGCCCUUGCAGCCGGCGAGCCAGAGCCUAGCCAGUGUCUCAGGGCAAACCCAGCCGAGGCCUCUGAACUCGUUCCCCCCGUGGCUGAUGGCGGGGACACGGCCGUGUGCCAGCCUGACUCUUGCAAACCUGCCUCUGAGCACCGGCCUGGUAGCACUGCCUUCAUGAAGGUCCUGGACAGUUUGCAGAAGAAGCAAAUGAACACCGGUUUGUGUGAGCGGAUCCGGAAGGUGUACGGAGACCUGGAGUGUGAAUACUGUGGCAAACUUUUUUGGUACCAAGUGCAUUUUGACAUGCAUGUCCGCACCCACACCCGGGAACAUCUGUAUUAUUGCUCCCAGUGUCAUUAUUCCUCCAUCACCAAAAACUGCCUUAAACGCCAUGUAAUUCAGAAACACAGUAACAUCUUGCUGAAGUGUCCCACUGACGGCUGUGACUACUCGACUCCAGAUAAAUAUAAGCUGCAGGCACAUCUUAAAGUUCACACAGAGCUGGACAAAAGGAGUUAUUCUUGCCCUGUGUGUGAAAAGUCUUUUUCAGAAGACCGAUUGAUAAAGUCACACAUCAAGACCAACCAUCCUGAGGUCUCCAUGAGCACCAUUUCCGAGGUCCUCGGGAGGAGGGUUCAGCUGAAAGGGCUGAUUGGAAAGAGAGCCAUGAAGUGCCCGUACUGUGAUUUCUACUUCAUGAAGAACGGCUCAGACCUUCAGCGCCACAUCUGGGCUCACGAAGGUGUGAAGCCCUUCAAAUGUUCCUUGUGCGAAUACGCAACUCGUAGCAAGAGCAACCUCAAGGCUCACAUGAAUCGUCACAGCACCGAGAAGACCCACCUGUGCGACAUGUGUGGCAAGAAAUUCAAGUCGAAAGGGACGCUGAAAAGUCACAAGCUCCUGCACACUGCUGAUGGGAAGCAGUUUAAGUGCACAGUGUGUGACUACACGGCGGCCCAGAAGCCCCAGCUGCUGCGGCACAUGGAGCAGCACGCCUCCUUCAAGCCAUUCCGCUGUGCCCACUGCCAUUACUCCUGCAACAUCUCCGGCUCCCUGAAGCGGCACUACAACAGGAAGCACCCCAACGAAGAGUACAGCAACGUGGGCAGCGGGGAGCUGGCCGCCGAGGCGCUCAUCCAGCAAGGUGGUUUGAAGUGUCCUGUGUGCAGCUUUGUGUACGGCACCAAGUGGGAGUUCAACAGGCACUUGAAGAACAAGCAUGGGCUGAAGGUGGUGGAGAUUGACGGAGACCCCAAGUGGGAGCCAGCAACAGACACCCCUGAGGAGCCUUCCACCCAGUAUCUCCACAUCACAGAGGCCGAAGAGGAUGUGCAGGGGACGCAGGCAGCGGUGGCCGCACUCCAGGACCUGAGAUACACCUCUGAGAGCGGUGACCGACUGGACCCCACAGCUGUAAACAUCCUCCAGCAGAUCAUCGAGCUGGGCACCGAGACCCACGAUGCCACUGCCGUGGCCUCUGUGGUUGCCAUGGCGCCGGGGACCGUGACAGUUGUGAAGCAGGUCACCGACGAGGAGCCCAGCUCCAACCACACGGUCAUGAUCCAGGAGACCCUCCAGCAAGCCUCCGUGGAGCUGGCCGAGCAGCACCACCUGGUGGUGUCCUCCGAUGACGUGGAGGGCAUCGAGACGGUGACCGUGUACACGCAGGGUGGAGAGGCCUCGGAGUUCAUCGUCUACGUGCAGGAGGCCGUGCAGCCGGUGGAGGAGCAGGCUGUGGAGCAGCCGGCCCAGGAGCUGUAGAGGACACCGCCACUGCACAGCCACGGCCGCCGGCCUGGCUCCCAGAACGGCGCGCUCUCUGCCCUCGCCGCCCGGCCGCCCAGACGGGACUCUCCACAUCCCCCUUGGGGUGGGCAGCGUGACGGCAUCACCAGCAAUCCAGGAAGCCCCGUCCCCAGCCCUUGCCCCGUAGCGUCUGCUUCUGGACAGACUUUUCUAUCACCUGCCCCGCCUCUUCCCUUGCUUCAAGAUCCAGAUGGAGACUCCCAGGCUGUCUCCACAUCCCUACUUCCCUUAGCCCCACCCAGGUGCCCAGACUUCAUCAGGGACCACUAUGCAGUCUGGCAAAAGGAGAAGCCAUGACAGGAAGUGACCUUAUGGUGCUGGAGUCACCGCUGGGUGGGGCGGGGAUCGCCCUGGCUCCGUGGACAGAGUCCCUCCUUCCUCAAGUCGGGGGUUCCUGUUGUCACGUGAAGUCACCGCAGCUCAGCCCCGUCACAGGGUCUCAGCUCACCAUCUCGGAAUUCUGCUUCUAAGAGAAAUGCACUUUUCUCACCUCCCAUCCUAAGGAGGUGAGGCGGAUGGAAUAAAAGCCUU